UCCGUCAUUCCUCGACCUUCUUCCUCGCUUCAGUAUCUCUCUAUCGUUAGCGAAAGAUUAGUUAAGAAGAAGUGCUGGUAAUGGCAAUGGCGGGACGUGUUAGAUCAAUGGGCCCUCUCAUCCAAAAGGCUCUCUCUUCGUUCCAGAGAUCCGACGCUCAUCACUCCCUUCUCCGUCCUACUCUUUCAAAUUCAGAGCUAUUGAGAAAUUAUGCAACUGCAUCUGCUUCAAAAGAACAAAAUGUUAAGGUGCCUUUGACAAUGUAUGGGGUUUCUGGAAACUAUUCAUCUGCUUUGUACCUUGCUGCAGUAAAAUCUAAUGUAUUGGAGAAAGUUGAAUCAGAGCUUUAUGACUUUGUUGAAGCUUCAAAGAAGAGUCCUACAUUUUCCCAGUUCAUGAAGGACUUGUCUGUACCCAAGGAUGCUAGAGUGAAGGCCGUAAAUGAAAUUUGUGCUCAAGCUAAAUUUGUGGAUGUCACCAAGAACUUUUUGGCUCUUUUGGCUGAAAAUGGGAGGCUGAGGCACAUUGACAGUAUUGCAAAACGAUUUAAAGAGUUGACCAUGGCACACAAGGGAGAAGUCAAAGCCAUUGUGACAACAGUAAUUCCCCUUCCUCCAGAAGAAGAGAAAGAACUGAAAGCGACACUGAGUGAAAUGACUGGGAAUGGGAAGAUGGUUACUUUUGAACAAAAGAUCGAUCCCAGCAUUCUGGGUGGCCUGGUUUUGGAAUUUGAGCGGAAAGUUUUCGACAUGUCAAUAAGGACUAGGGCACGCCAGAUGGAGAGAUUCUUGCGCGAACCUCUCAACUUUUGAGUGCUUGCAAACUUAUCACUAGUUGUUUGUGUGGCAUUUUUGUUUUGAAGAAAGAACAUUCUUUCCUCUAUUCUGGGCUCAUUUGAGCCGAUUGUUCUGCAUUACAAUGUUAUCCUGCAUUGCUUGCAAAUAAGAAAGCUUUCAUUU